AUGGAGGACUUUGGCCAGCGCGUGGACCUCACGGCGCGCAUUCGAGAGGUCCUGCUGAACUACCCAGAGGGCACAUCCAUCCUCAAGGAGCUCUGUCAAAAUGCAGAUGAUGCCAAGGCGACGCGCAUUGCGUUUGUCAACGACCACCGCAGCUUCGCAACAGACGACCUGCUGGGUGAUGGGCUCAUGGGAUUCCAGGGCCCGGCGUUGCUGGCAUUCAACGACGCCAUCUUCACAGAGCGCGACUUUGAGAGCAUCAGCCGCGUCGGCGACAGCAAGAAGCGCGGCGUUGCCGGCAAGACAGGGCGAUUCGGGGUGGGUUUCAACGCGGUCUACCAUGUGACAGAUCUGCCCAGCUUUGUCAGCGACCGGUACCUGGUCUUGUUUGACCCCUCCUGCAAGCACGUCCCGGCUAUCACCGCCGCGAACCCUGGCAAGCGCCUCGACUUCACGCGCCACGGCGUCCCGGCCGGCACCGCCGCGCCUUUUUCAGGCGCGUUUGGCGCUGACCUGUCGCGCGCGGCGCCCUAUGAGGGCACUCUGUUCCGUCUGCCGCUGCGGACAGCUGAGCAGGCGGCCGAGAGCAGCAUCAGCCGGCAGGUGUACGACCCCCGAAAGGUGGCAGCGAUGCUGGAGGCGCUGCGCGCCGAGGCGCACCUGGUCCUGCUCUUCCUCAAGUCUGUGCGGCGGAUUGACGUGCUGGAGUGGCGAGAGGGCGAGGCCGCGCCGACGCCGCUCUUCUCUUGCCAGGCGGUGCCGCCCUCUGCGGCGCCGGCGCUGCUGCAAGACACGGCAAGUGCGGCCGCUGCGGCUGCGGCCGCCAGCAGUGGCGGUGGCGAGGGCGGCGGCGUCUUGGCGGCGCAGCAGGGGUCUGGCGAUGGUGCAGCAGAAUGGGGGCGGCUGGCGCGGGAGCGGGCACUGUUCCUGCAUGCGGCGGUGGCGCCCGAGGCGGAGCAGGCCCGCGGUGGCGGCGAGGCUGCCAAGCUCGCAGCCGAGCUGUCGCGCACAUUGCAGACACACCUCACGCCCUGGGCUGCCGUGGCCGCUGAGCUGCCGCCCGAGGGGACCGGCAGGUGGGACGCCUCAGCCUCAAGCGCGGCCGGCCGCGCGUUCUGCUUCCUGCCCCUGCCUGUGGCCACAGGGCUGCCGGUCGCCGUCAACGGCUACUUCGAGCUGUCCAGCAACCGCCGAGACGUGUGGCAUGGGGAGGACAUGGCCGGCGCCGGCGCGGCACGCGCGCGGUGGAACGAGGCCCUGCUGCGGCUUGUCGCUGCUCCAGCGUACGCGUCGCUGCUCGCUGCGGUGGCGCAAAAGCUGGGGCCUGGCGCAGCCUAUAACGCUCUGUGGCCGUCAUUCGACGCAGCGGCGCCCUGGCAGGCGGUUGUGUUGGAACUGUCGCGCCUCGCGGCGCGGCGGCCGCUGGUGUGGAGCCGCGCAGCGGGCGCGGGGCGGUGGAUGGCGCCGGCCGACUGCGUGUUCCCGUCCAAGCAUCAGCUUGAGCAGCAGCAGCGGGAGCAGCAGCCACGAGAUGGCCAGCCGCCGGGGCAGGGCGGACACCUGGAGGAGGGGCUGCUGGCGCUGGGGGUGCCGCUGCCAGAUCUGCCCGCGGGCGCGGUCGAGACGCUGCGGCGGCACAUGGGCGUCAACCUGCAGCAAGCCACGCCCGCCGCCGCCCGCCGCGCAGCGGCAGCGCAUCCCAAGCGCUGCGAAGCGCUUGUGCGCGCGACGCAAGUCGCGCCCCUGCUGCGCUUCUGCCUCUCGGACCUGGACCUCUCCGCCCCUGCAGGCGUCGAGGCGCUCUUCGGCGUGCGGCUGCUGCCGCUGGCUGACGGCGCGUCCAUGGCAGGGGUGGGCCCCGCAGGGGACACGGGACGCGGCAGCAGCGUGUACGUGGUGUCAGAACAGCUGGAGCUGGCGCUGGUUGGUUCUCAGGGCGCCCUGCUGCUGGACCACACCUUGGUGGGCCCUGAAUCCACGUCGCAGCUGUCCCUGGCAGCCAGCCAGCGGCGCAGCACCCUGCGGCUCCUCGACGCCGCCGCGCUGGCGGAGGACUUCCUCCCGGCGGUCCUGCCGGCACGCUGGCGCGGCGCAGGCGGAGCGUACGCACCUGUUGCGAUUGACGCCACUGGGGCUGACGGCAAGGCUGCCGGAGCCGCAACCAACGACGCCCCGCUUGUCAAUUGGGAGUGGGUCCAGGCGCUCUGGCAGUGGCUGGCCCAGCCGGCCCAUCGCCCUGACUGGCCGGUCGUCGCCCGCAGCGGCUGGCCAGUCCUGCCCACUGCCGGCGGCCGUCUCGUGCCCCUCGCGCCCGACCCGUCGAGCGCGGCGGCCGUCUUGCCAGGCGGGGACUGGCCAGAGGGGCUGCAGGCGGUCCUUGUACGGCUGGGGGUGGCGGUUGUUGACACAGCAUCCUUUGAGCUGCCGGUCGACGCCCUGGUCUCUGCUGGGCUUGCUCACCCAGGCAGCGGCGCCGGCGUCGCACUCGCACUGGCCGCGGCGCUGGGCGGCGGCCGCCACCUUGAGACCCGCACGGUGGAGGAGCUGGGCGCAGCAGAGCGGCGGCUGCUGAGAAGCUACCUGCUGCAGCCGGUCUGGUUCCAGGCGCGUGGUGGCGUCGGCGGCAGCGCUGCAUGCGGCGAUGCUGCGGCGGCCGCUGUGGCAGCACUGGCAGGGAUCGUGCGGCAGCUGCCGCUGUUUGAGCUCGCAAACGACGGCAGCUUCCUAGCAGGGCCUGCAGCAGAUGAUGAGCAGUCACAAGAUGAGCAGCAAGCGGAAACUUCCAACCAUGGAGAUGGGGUGCCCAGGGAGCAAGGGUCGGCCGAUGCAGGGGGCUCAGCAAAUUUUGUCCCGCUUCAGGAGGGUUGCGCCCUGGCGCCGCAAGGUGUCUUGUGGGCCGCCCUGGACGAGCGAUUCAUCAAUCCUUCAAACAGCAGUGCCCAGGCCGCCGUCCUCUCUGCUUUGUCGGUCCCCACGCCCACCGCGCCGGAAGUGUACCGCUCCUGCGUGCUGCCAAGGCUCGCUGAGCUGGCCGCGCCGCUGCGGGAUGCCGCGGUGGGGCUGCUGCUGCGGUCGCUGGCGGCGCUGGAGGCGCAGGAUCCGGCGUUCAUUCGGGAGCUGAGAGGGGUGGCCUUCGUGCCCAACGGGGCCGGCGCACUGCGGGCGCCGAGCGCGCUGCACGACCCGCGCGUGCCGGAGCUUCUGGCGCUGCUGGACCCCGAGGCGGCCUUCCCCGCACCAGAGCUCUCGUCUGACGCGGGCCCGCUGGCCGCGCUGCAGCGGCUCGGGCUGCGUACAACAGCCGACCUGGAGGCCCUGGUGGGGGCCGCCCGCUACAUCGAGGCAACAGCCGCCAAGCCGGGCGGCGACGACGAGGCGCUUGCGCGCGGCCGGGCCCUGCUGGCCUAUUUGGACGCCGAGGCGCCGCGCCUGUCCGGGCAGCAGAGCACCAGCCAGCUCGCCGUCACAGCAGCGGCCGCUGCCGCCGCUGCCGCCGCUGAGGCCCGAGAGCGCGUCGGCCAGGCGGGCGCGAGGCACGACGCAAACGGCGGUGACGGCGGCGACGGCUCGGGGCUUCCUCCGCGCCUGCCGGCGGCGGCGGCCCCAAAGAAGCGCAGGGGCUUGUUCGCUUCGGUGCAGAAGCUGUUUGCCUCAGAGCCCAGCAGCCCCAAGGCCAUAGACAGGGAGACGCGGCGCAUGCGCGAGCCGCAGCUGCAACAGCACCAGCAGUUGUCGCGGGCCUCGUCAUUCUCAAGCACCAGCCAGGCUCAGUCAGAGGAGGAGGCCGGGACCGCGGAGCAGCGGCAACAAGGAGGCGCUGCGCGAUCGUCGGACAGCGCCCAGCUGUGGGCCGACCUGGCGCGGGUCCGCUGGUGCCCGGUCUUGCGGCAGCCGCCGGCCCCCGGCCUCCCCUGGCCGACGGCCGCGGGCCCUGCUGCCGGCUCGGGCGCUGCGGGGCAGGACGCGCCGCUCGCUGCGCCGGUGACGUGCCGGCCGGCGUCCGACGCGUGGCUGGCGUCUGCGUCCUGCGGGCUGGUGGACGGCGCGCCCCGCUCGCCUGCGCUGCUGGCGCGGCUCGGGUGGUCGCGGCCACUCCCGGGCGCGCUGCUGGGCGCACAGCUGGCGGCGCUGGGGGCGCUCCACUCGAGCCCUGUGGGCGCGGACACCGCGCGCGUGCUGGCUGAGCAGGUUCCGCGCCUGUACCGCGCCCUCAUGGCGGCUGGCGGCGACGAGGUGGCAGCCGCGGCGGCCGUGGUGGCGGGGCGGCCCUGCAUAUGGGUGGGGGCGCUCUUUGUCCCCGCCGACCGCGUGGCAUUCAAGGGCUCUCUGGAUCUGUCCCCCCAUCUGUACGUGACACCCGGGGACCUGGCGCCCUUCAGGGACCUCCUCUCAGCCCUCGGCGCCCACGAGGCCUUCAGUGCACCGCAGUACGCGGCGCUACUCGCGCGCCUAGCAGCUGAGGCAGCUGGGCGCCCUCUUGAUGCCCAGCAGCUCGCGCAGGCGCUGGCCGUGGCGGCCUCGCUGGCGGACCUGCUGGGGGCGUCCGGCGCUGGCGCGACGCAGGGCGGCGGCGCCAAAGGGGCCGGCGGCGGCGGCGGCGCAGCGGCGGCUGUGGCGCUGCAGGAGGGGCUGGUGCUGCCGGACGCGAGGGGGGUGCUGCGGCCGGCCGUGGAGCUGUCGUACAACGACGCGCCGUGGCUGGACGACGCCCCCGGGGCCGCCGGCGCCGACAUUGCAGAGCUGCACCCCCGUAUCUCCGCCCCUGUCGCCGAGGCCCUGGGCGUCGCCAGCCGCCGCCGCCUGCUGCUGGCCGCGUCGGCCGACAGCCUCGCGCUGGGCCUCGCCGGCGCGGGCGGCGCGGUCGAGGCCUUUGGGCAGAGCGAGGCGCUGACGACGCGGCUCAGGCACAUCAUAGCCGACUACCCAGAGGGCCCCUCUGUCUGCCUCGAGCUGGUUCAGAAUGCGGACGACGCCGGCGCCAGCUGCGUCAAGUUCUGCCUGGACCUCACGCAGCACGGCACGGCCAGCACGCUGAGCCCUAAGAUGGCGGUGUGGCAGGGGCCGGCGCUGCUGGCGUACAAUGACGCCCUCUUCAGCCCUGGGGACUUUGCGGCCAUUGCACGUAUCGGGCAGGACGGGAAGAUGGGGCAGCCGGCCGCCAUUGGCCGAUUCGGCGUCGGUUUCAACGCUGUGUAUCACCUGGUGGGAGCUGACGCCAAGCACCUCCCGGGCGCCAGCGCCUCCCAGCCGGGCCUGCGCAUCAGCCUCGCCAACGCGCGCGUGCUGCGCCAGUUCCCCGACGCCGUCGCGCCCUACAGACGCUUUGGCUGCUCGAUGGAGGGCCCGUUCCAGGGCACCAUGUUCCGCCUACCGCUGCGCACCAGUGCCGCGGCCGCCGCCUCGGACAUCAAGCCCUCCCCCUGCCCCCCCGAGGAGGCCUGGGCGCUGCUGGGUGCGCUAGCGCGGGAGCUGCCCCGCGCGCUGCUGUUCCUCAAGACCGUCCGCUCUGUGGAGAUCUCGGUGAUCUCCCCGGAAGACGAGCAGGCGGAGGGGAGCGAGCCACGCCUGAUCAUGCGGGCGACCAUUGAGUCGCCGCAGCAUCUGCAGGCACCAAUCGUGCAGUUCGUCGCCGGCGGCGGUGGCGGCACCGGGCAGCAGCAGCUCGCGGCCUUCUUCCAGCGACUGGGCGCGGCGCCUUCCGAGCAGCUGCCCGCCGCGGCUGGGCGUGUGCGGCUGGCGCGCGAGUGGGGCGACGCGGCGCUGCGCGCGCGCAUGCUGGAGGCCGCCGCGGCGGGUGAGCGCCGGCGGGCGGGGGCGGGCGGCGCCAACCAAGCGCGAGAGCAGGAGCAGGGGCGGCAGCAAUCGACCGGCACCAGCACGAGUGCAGCGCUGUCGGCUGGCCCGGACGAGGAGCAGUUCCUGGUGCUCAACGCACUGGGCGCCGGCGCGGCGCGCGCCGCGGCGCUGGCGGCCUGGAAGGAGAGCGGGCGCAAAUUCAUCCCCUGGGUCGGCAUCGGCGCGCCGCUCGGCGGCGGCGACGAGGGCGACGCCCGCGACGCGGCCGGCGGCGCCCGCGCCAGGGCGGCGCCCGUGGGCGAGGCCGCGGGCCGUGCGUUCUGCUUCCUGCCCCUGCCCGUGGCCACGGGGCUGCCUGUCGCCGUCAACGGCUACUUCGAGCUGUCCAGCAACCGCCGAGACGUGUGGCACGGGGAGGACAUGGCCGGCGCCGGCGCAGCGCGCGCGCGGUGGAAUGAGGCGCUGCUGUCCGACGCGGUGGCGCCAGCAUACCUGCAGCUGCUGUCCGCCGCCGCGCGCGAGCUCGGGCCCUCGCCCGCGCUGUGGGCCAUGUUCCCCGGCGCCGACGCGCCCGAGCCGUGGGCGGCGGUGUCACGCGCGCUGUACCGGCUUCUCACGCGCCGCCCGCUGCUCUGGUGCCCCGCGCCGGCGCCCAAGGGCGCGUGGCUAGCGCCGACGGCGGCGCUGCUGCCGGACGCGGCGGCGCUCGCGGAUGGGCGGCUGCGGGGGCUGAUGCUGGCGGUCGGGGUGCCCCUGGUGGAGGGGCUGGGGAGGGAGGCACGCGAGUGCCUGCUGCAGUGGACACCCGGCGCCCGACAGGUGACGCCAGGCGCAGUGCGAGCGAGGCUGCGAUCGCUCGGCGAUGCGGCCUUGGCCGCCCUCGCGCCUGAUGACGCUGCUGGCCAGCCGGACACUGAGCCUGCCCCUGUGCGUUUGGAUGCCGGCGACGCGGACCCCGCGGCCGCGCCGACACACGAGGAAGGGCCGGAGGGCCAUGCGGCGGCGGAGGGUGGCGCACACCAAGGGCAAGAGCAGCAGCAGCAGCAGCAGCAGCAGCAGCAGCAGCAGCAGCAGCAGCAGCAGGCGCACAAGGUGCCUCCCCCUGCGGCGGUGUUGCUGGAGUAUUGCCUAGCCGACAUGGACCUCGACGGCAGGGGCGCCCCCCUGGCUGCAGCGGCCGGCGCAGCACCGGACCGUCCAGACGCGCCCCUCACGCCCGCCGCCGCCGCGCUGCGCGCCGCCGCCGCCACGCUUGGCGCGGACGCGCCGCUGCUCGGUGGCACGGCGGUGGUGCGCGAGCUGCGGGGCCUGCCGCUGCUGCCGACGGCCGAUGGGGGCCUGCGCACGAUCCAGGCGCGCCGCGACGGGCCCCUCGGCCAGCCCGGCGGCGGCGCCUUUGAGAGCCGGGCGGUUCGUGGCUCCGAGGGUGGCGAGGCCGGGGAGGCGGCGCGCGCCCUGUUUGUGCCGGCGGACGAGGAGGAGCGCGCGCUGCUGUCGGCGCUGCGCCACAGGGUCGUCGCGCCUGGCCUCGGCGCGCCGCUGACCGCGCGCCUGCUCGCGCUGGCCGACCUGGGGGCCACCAACGUGCGGCGCGUCGACGGCGCCGCGCUCGGCGCGCUGCUGCUGCCCGAGCUGCUCCCGCGGGAGUGGCGCGGCCGGCGGCGCGUGGGGCCGGACGAGGUCGCGGCCGCCGCGGCCACGUUCCCCGGGGGUGCGGCGGCCUGGGAAGCGUGGCUGGCGCGGCUGUGGCGGUGGCUGGCGGGGCGCGGGAGAGGAGAGGCGGGCGCGCCGGGCGGCUGGCCGCUGCUGCCGCUGGUCGGCGGGGGGCUCGCCGCCGCGGAGUCCCCGCCGCAGGUCUUGCGUGGCGCCCAGGGCUGGCACGAGCACCUCGCCUCAGCCCUGGAUCGCAUGGGCUGCUCGCUCCUAGACGAGGCCGCCCUCCUCGCCGCGGGCGCCGGUGUCGCGUCCUGCCCCGCCGUCAAGCUCGCCACGCAGCCCGGCACCGCCGGCGGCGUGCUCGACGCCAUUGGCGCGGCCGCCCGCGCGGCCAGCGGCGCCGAGGGCGGCGGCGGGGUGGCGGCUGGGGGUUCGGCCGGCGGCGCCCCCGUGCCUGCCGCGUGGCGGGCGCGGCUGGCGGGGCUUGCGCCGGCGGAGCGGCGGCAGCUGCGCAGCUUCCUGCUGCAGGGGCGGUGGUUUGGCGGCGCGGGGGGCGGCGCGGCGGCAUCUGCGCCGCCGCUGACGCCGGAUCAGCUGUCGGUGCUGCGGAAACUCCCUGUAUACGAGGCCUACCCCGCCCUCCCCCACGAGAGGGCCCAACAGCAGCUGCAGCAGCCCAUGUCGCCAGUGUCGCCUGCGCGGCAGCAACGGCAGGCUCCGGCGCGGGAGCCAACCGCCGGGCUGGGCGGCUCGGGCAACGAGGAGGACUCCACAGCGCCGUCGCAGGCGGAGCCAGAGACAGCCCCUGACGCGUCGCAAGCGGCGGCCACGUCGGGCCGCCCAGUGGCGGCCGCCGUGCGCUUCAUGUCGCUCGUCGCCGCCGUGCAGCAGGGCUGCGCACUCGCCCCUGCCGCCGUGCCAGCGGAGCUGCUCGGCUGCCGCGUCCUCCGGGCGGACGGCGGCGGCGAGGAGGGCGUGCUGGAGCAACACCUGGGCGUCCCGCGCCUGCGGCUGUCUGCGUUCCUGCGGGACCACGUCGCGCCGGCCGCGGGGGCGCUGGACGGCGCCGCGCUGGCGGAGGCGCUGGCGGGCGCCGACCCGGACCUGGCGGGGGUCUUGAGCACGCACGCCCUGAUCCCGGCGCGCGCCGGCCCCCCACGGCCGCCGUCCCAGCUGUUCGACCCGGGCAGCGGCGACCUGGCGCUGUUGUUCGACGCGUCGCGCUUCCCCGCGGCGCCGUUCGACUCGGGGCCCCUGCUGGCGGCGCUGGCGCCGCUGGGGCUCAGGCGGGGCGUUGACCUGCCGGUGCUGGCGGAGGCCGCCGAGGCCCUGGCGGCCGGCGGCGAGGCCGCGCCCGGCGCCUCGCCUCGCGCGCACGCGCUGCUGCGGCGCCUGGACGCGUGGGCGGAGCGCGGGAAGUCGCGCCAUGUGCCCGAGUCGGAGGAGGCGAUCUGGUCAGCGCUGCAGCACGUUGCCUGGUGCCCUGUGCUCGUCUCGCCGCCAGAGCCCGGCCUGCCCUGGCCGCACCAGCCGCCGCCAACCCAGGAGCAGCGGGAGGGGGCUGCAGCAGCGGACGGCAGCGACAGUGGGGCGGCAGACCGCAGCGGCAGCGCCAGCGGCGCCGCCGCCGGCACGCAGCCGCUGGCGCUCGCGCCGCCGCGGAUGGCUCGGCCUGCCGGCGAAGCCUGGGUCGCGUCCGCCCCCCUCCGCCUCUGUGCCGGCCCUGCCGGCGCGCCGCUUUGCCGGCUGCUCGGCUGGGCACGGCCGCUGCCGGCGCCCAUGGCGGUCGCCCAGCUUGUCGAGCUCGCACGCAUGUACCCCGCGACAGCCGAGUGGCCCACAGACGCCCCGGCAGCUGCCAAGAAGCUGGCGGAGGCUGCGUUGCGCCUGUACGCCGCCUUGGGGGACGCCCUUGCUGACCCCUUGCAGCGGGAGAACCUGGAGCUGUCUCUGAGGUCGGCCCCUGUGGUGUGGGUCGGCACCGGCUUCGCAGACGGCGACGCGGCGGCCCUCGCGCCGGGUGGGACGGGCGCGGGCGCGCCAGGGCUGCUGUUCGAGGUGCCGCCGGGGGUUGCGGCGGAGCACGACGCCGUGCUGCGGCUGGCGGGCGCGCGGGACAGGCGCCUGCGAACAGCCUAA